GAAGUAGUAGCACAAAACAGACAAACUUUCCUGAUGCAUCUGAAACAGUAAACUUUAUUCUGACGGUCAUUCAUUUGGUGUCAAAUAUUAAGGCAUGUAGGCCUAACACCCGAACGUAUUCUAAGCUAGAGUAGCAUUUGCACAUACCAAUGAAAUACUGUGGCAAAUUCACCCUUAAGAUGAUGAUGGAUUUUGACGAAACUCAACCAUGUCUUGCCGAUUACGUCAUUCAUCGGGCACAAGAGCAUCACGGGAGUCGACUGUUAGCGCAGAUGUAUCAAUUAAGAUAUAUCAAUAAACUUUGUGACAUUCAGCUGAAUGUCGAGGGGGCCAAAAUAUUGGCCCACAAACUUGUUUUAGCAGCUUUUAGUCCGUAUUUCUUCGCCAUGUUUACAGGAGAUAUGAAAGAAGCGCACCAGAGUGUUGUGCGAAUGAACGAUAUUGAUGCAGCCGCAUUAGAACUGUUAAUUAAAUAUGCAUAUACAGGUAUAUUGAAGAUCCACGUAAACUCGGUACAAUCCCUGUUAAACUUGUCAUCUCUUUUACAAGUAGACGAUGUACAGGCCGCCUGCUCAGACUUCCUCAAGAGGAAUUUACAUCCCAACAACUGUUUAGGUAUUCGAAAUCUUGCAGACGCACAUACAUGCGUUGAUCUUGUGGAAGCGUCCGAGCGCUUUGCAGAGAAGCAUUUUGAAAAAGUUGCCAAAGGAGACGAGUUUUUGCAGCUACCAGAGAACCAGCUAAUUGAUCUCUUGACCUCUGAAAACUUACAUGUUUCAAGCGAGGAAGAAGUGUAUAAAGCAAUAAUGAAGUGGGUAUAUGCAGACAAACAGAAGCGUAUGCAUUCGCUACCAAAGCUACUGAAAGAAGUCAGAUUUACAUUCCUCUCAGCAGAAUUCCUAGUUGACACACUUGAGAUGGAAGAGCUCAUCCGCUACGACUGGAAAUGCCGGGACAUCCUUGAUGAAGCCAAAAACUACCAUAUGUUCCCAGAUCGUAGGAAACAUCAUCGAUUAGCGUGCAUUAAACCAAGAACUUCUACGAUAGGUUGUAUAUACAGUGUUGGGGGUAUGGAUAGUAGCGGGCACUCACUUUCCAGUGUUGAAUGCUAUAACUUAAGGUCACAGAGGGUCAGCAUUGAAGCAAGCAUGAACACUCCCCGCAGUGGUGUGGCUAUUACAAAUAUUGACCAUAAAAUAAUGGCUAUAGGUGGUUAUGAUGGAGGAAGGUACUUAUCAUCAGUAGAAUGGUUCGACACCGUUCAAAGACGCUGGUGCCCAAUGGUACCGAUGCAUCAAGUCAGACGCUAUCAUUCGGUUUGCACCUUGGACAGACAAGUGUACGUAGUUGGCGGAUACAAUGGAAGGUCAGUGCUGGACACUGUUGAGUGUUAUGACCCAAGAACGAAUAGAUGGAGAAGACUAGCGAGUAUGGGUCAUCGACGUAGACACUUGGGUCUAGUGUCCUCGGAUAACUCUUUAUGUGCAAUCGGGGGAAGUGAUGGGAGUGCGUACUUAGAUGUUGUCGAGAUUUAUGAGCCAAGAAUUGAUAGGUGGACAGCUGCUUGUAGUCUCCAGUCCAGACGCGGUGGUGUGGCAGCUGCAGUGCUUGGCGGUAAAAUCUAUGCACUUGGUGGAUAUGAUGGCCAGGCCAAUCUUGGCACUGUGGAAAGGUACCAUCCGGAUGAGGACAGGUGGGCAUACAUCGCUCCCAUGACCCAAUGCCGCAGUGGGCACGGAGUCAUCUCAACGGGUGGGAGUCUAUACGUUGUCGGGGGCCACGAUGGAACGCAAUACUUAAGUACGGCGGAAAAGUUUGAGUCAACUAUUGGAGAGUGGGACAACAUAGGGUCCAUUGGCACCCCACGUGCUGUAGCUGGUGUUACCAUUACUAAUAACCUCCAGUUUACGUGACGUCACUUAUUAGAUUAUUACAUUUUUAUUUCUACAUGUUUUCAGGAGAAAUACAGAGACAAAAAAAAAAAAAAAACCCAAGUCAGGCAUUGUUUGCUUUAAAUAUAAUACUAAAUGUUGAAACAUUAAAUAUAACGUUUGAAUUACUCUGUAUAUUUGAACUGCAAUUUAGGAAAAUACAGUUUUUCUUGUCAAGGAUGAAUUGAUACAUGUCAGUAUUACUUAUAAUAAUAAGCCAAUCGUAUUUUGAACCGCGCAUGCCC